AUGGGUCUGUUCAUACCCACUGGAGUCCCAGCUCCUCAGAGUCCCUUCAAUGUGCUUCUGCUGAGCUCGUACACGGGUAAGGAAAGUCGGGAGAACUUGAUCACAUUCUGUGAGAAAGGCCUCGAUAGAUUUAAACAAGUUGUAUGUACAUAGGCCCUUGCACUGAUCCCCUCUUGUUGUAUCUGUCUUUUAGAAUUCAAAUUGUUAACUUUCAACGAUGCGGUCAUCGUUUUCCUUGGUGGGGAGGAUGUCGCGGGAGCUUUUGGCGCGCGUUACCCAAGCAGAGGGGUAAAGCCAGCCAAAGCCCGCGUUCAAUCAUAUCGAGCUUAUUGUAGGCCCAGGGUGCGGACGCGCGCUCUGAGGAGUCUCCUCAAUAAAUAUUUUAUAUUCCAAUACCUAGAAUGAGGAAGAGAUGAGACUACUAAAAGGACUCAGAAAAGUCCCAUUACAUUGUGUUGCUAAAAAUAAGAGACCAAGAAAUCAUUAUAAACUCCAGUUGAGCUUACUGGUUUUAUGUGUCCACUGAGCAAACAUUUCUUUGGCUUCACAUGGGCCCAAUUUGAACGUGUUGAAACGUUCGAAUUGGGCCCGGGUGAUCUUCAGUUCACCCAAAUAUGCCUCUUUACCAAGCAAUCCUGCUUGUAACUUUCUUAUGGAAUACACUAGAAAAUGUCGCAAACGCGGCAUCAUUCGGUGUAACUGUAAAUAGAAGGCAACGUAAGCUCUACACGUCUAAAGAAAGCUGCUUUCAAACAUUUUCAGGCAAUGUCACGAGUGUGCUGUAUGAUGUAUACGGUGAGCAGCUGAACACCCGAAAUGAUAUUACAUACUUUGGUCGGGUCUCGCUUGGCUCACCGCCUCAAGAGACUAAUGUGAUUUUUGACACGGGCUCCUCGAUUAUGUGGGUGCCCAAGAAAGGAUGCCGAUCCAGUGGACCGCUGGUUUGGAAAUGCAGAUCCAACAGCGAGACCUACGAUCCAAGUGCGUCAUCAACUUCCAAGUCUUCGAAAGAACAGUUCAUUAUUCAAUAUAGUACUGGAUCAGCGAAAGGAGUGCACUACAAGGAUUAUUUUGCGGUGAGGUUUUUAGUAUACAGUGGCGGACCUGAUCCAGUGGCAAAAAACGUACCCUUUUGCAUCCAGGAAGUAUCAAAAAUGUAGCAAAAUGCCUGCCUUUCCAACUAAAAAGCUCGUUCGCAUAGCGGGUGCGCUUUUGAAAUCGGAGCUUUUUGGUUGGCGAGUGAGGUAUUUUGCUACAUUUUUUGAUACUUCCCGGAAGUAAAAUGGUACGUUUUUUAUCACUGGAUCGGGUUAGUCACUGUAGUGGGCAACCGAAAUUUUAAUAGUCCUAGGAUCUGAUUUUAGACCAAUAUGAAGCUUGGCACGGGUUUUUAGCAGUCUGUCGGGAAAAUAAUGAGCACUCUGUCGCAUCGAAAAUCGCAUUGCCGCCGAGAAAAUAGAUUGUGUCGCUGCCAAAAUCAAACUGUUUUUCACUACACGCAAUAGGCGCAGCGACAUUGUGCUCAUUAUUUUCCCGACAAACUGGUAGCUGAUAACACCAUUAUAACAAAUUUUUUUUGGAAAUUCAUUGUGCAGAGUUUAGCCACUUGCUUUUCAUUAUGCCUGUAAAUUAGGGGUGAUGUAUUUUAUAUACAGAAUUUUCAGUUCGGCGGAAAGAACGACCAAACCCUCCGUCUCAAGCACAAGGUCAUGUUUGGCGCGGGCGAGGAGCUUACCUAUGAUGACGAUGGUGUCUUGGGCCUUUCCUUUCCAAAAGAAGGCCAAGAACAUAUGAAUAUUUUUGCACAAGCGGCAAAAGAAGGGAUAUUGGAUGCGCCAAUGUUCACGGUUUAUAUGAAGAAAUGUGGAGGCACUUGUGCCGACGCUGGGAAGAUUACAUUCGGAGGAUACGACCGAGAGAAUUGUUGCAAUGUAAAAGCAUGGGCAAAGGUGGUUCCAACGACUUUCCAUUGGAACUUUCAAAUCGAAGCUGCCAGGAGUUGGUGUUGAUUUCAAAUGAAGCCGUAACACAGUGGAGACUUUGUACAAUGAAGUACAAAUGGUCUAUAACGUCGAAACUGUCUAAAACGAACGAGUACUCUAGUCUGAAGACUCGAUUUUACGCCAAAAUGAACCUUUACAACGAAUGUUUUCUAUAGCAAGAAAAUUUAUUUUUUCUUUGCGAUUUGUUGCACAGAGGCUUCACUGUAUACCAUAGGGCCAUAAAAAACGAAAACUUUUUUCAUGGGUCCUGGCGCAAAAAUGUUUAGGUGUAGCCAAAUGAUUCUUUUACCAUCAAAUUCUCCGUGUUCUUCUGCCCUAAUCCUGUGACUUUCAUGUCCAUAUCGAUUAUUUAACGUGGCUUUUUUGAAUGUCAAAUAGAGGGACCUCGAUUUUGGACCCCUAUUUCCGUUUUUUCUGGCCACCCUGUAAUAGCCCAUACCUUGCUCACAUUUUUUCCACUCCCCAAUUUCAGUUGACGAUGAGCCUUUAACCCCCGGGCUAGCUAUGACUGACACCGGAUCCACUGUCAUCUCCGCACCCCGCGCCGAUUUCGAGAAAAUCAUGAAGAAGAUCAAAGCCACACCGUACAAGUCAGCCUAUCUCUCAUUCUGCAGUGCCGAGUUUACAUUGCAUUUUAAAAUUGCCGGAAAAGAGUUCCACAUCCCGUCGAAUCAAAUCUUACACCCGUUGAACUCCAAUUGCCAAGUUAUGAUUUCGGCAAGCAAUGAUGACAAAUGGACAUUGGGCGAUCCGUUUAUUCGGCAGUAUUGUCAAGUGCAUGACUUCAAAGGGAAACGAGUGGGAUUUGCGCCGGCAAGAGAGAUUGAUUAUUGA